AUGUCUCAGGUUUCGGAAGGUCAAGGUGAACAUUGUCCACUUUGCGCUAAUAAACAACGACUAGUACCACUUUGGUUCCAAGAAAGCACCGAGACGUGGAUAAAAUGUGAUUUAUGUCAGGUCUGGUGUCAUGCGAGUUGUCUCAAACUUCCUUCCGAAGAAUGUGAUAGAAUUGAUGAAUAUCAUUGUCCAGAAUGCACAAAAUCUUAUGGUCCUAGUAUUUAUAAAGUUGGCAUAAGGAAGUCUCAACGAGAACAUUCUAAAGUCAAUUAUGCUGAUUUAGAAAAUGGUUUAACCGGCAAUCCUUAUAAAUGGAAACGUGUUCUUGAUUCAAAAUUGUUCCAAAAACACAAAUUCCGAAAGGUACGUGGCGAACAGCUGACAAUAGAUUGGAUACGUUGGUUUGGUCUUGAAGAACCUAUCAUUAUCGAAAGUUCCGAUGGCCUUGAUAUGAAAAUGCCCCAUAAGGACAUCACAGUUAGCGAAAUUGCCGAAGCUGUUGGAUAUGACACUCCGGUAGAUGUAAUAGAUGUUUCUACCCAACAAGAAAUUCCUGAUUGGAACAUGUAUAAAUGGGCUACUUAUUUCGAUGGUCCUAAACGUGACCAGGUUUUAAAUGUAAUUAGCCUAGAAGUGAGCGACACAUCCUUUGGUAAAUCAAUAGUCCGUCCACGCAUUGUAAGAGAGCUUGACUGGGUCGAGAACAUGUGGCCCUUACAUACGAAAAAUAUCGAAUAUCCUAAAGUUCAGCUUUAUUGCCUUAUGAGCAUUAAGGAUAGCUUCACUGAUUUUCAUAUCGAUUUCGGUGGAACGUCCGUUUUUUAUCAUGUCAUAAAAGGAUCAAAAGUAUUUUAUUUUGUUCCACCAACGCCAUCCAAUUUAAAAAGGUAUUCUAGAUGGAUAUCCUCACCAGAACAAUCCAUGACCUUUUUUGCUGAUUUGGUCAAAGAUAGUUAUGAAGUGAAAUUAGUUGCUGGUAAUACCAUGAUAAUUCCUACCGGAUGGAUUCAUGCAGUAUAUACGCCAGAUGAUUCGAUAGUCAUCGGGGGCAAUUUUUUACAGGGGUUUAAUAUUAGAGGUCAAUUGGCAGUUUAUGAUAUUGAAAAACGUACUAAUGUCCCGAUAAAAUAUCGAUUUCCAUAUUUCGAGAAAAUGUGUUGGUAUGCAGGGAAGUAUUAUAAUGAGAUACUUAAAGAGGAUCCAUUAUCCUUAUCUCAAUGGGAGUUGAAAGGUAUAGUAGAUUUAGCUUUAUUUUUACUUGACUUAGCCGGUAGAUUUGGGUCAGGUAAUGAAUCAACGACAGAAGAACAACAAUUAAUAAAGGACAAUAUUCCGGAAGAAAUAUCUGAUCCUACAAGGCUAACGAAAAGGUUGAGUAGGAGAAUAAACAGAAUAAUCAGCCAAGGUAACGUGGAUUUUGAAGAAGAAUUAGAGGACAAAAAUCAUAAUUUAAAAUCACGUAGUGAUAACAAUUCCGGAAAAGCGUGGGAAAAUUCUGUAAGUGGUUCCACAAAAAUCAAAUUAAGAGUUAAGAGACGAAUUGUAGAUGAAGAUCAUGAGAGAAGGGUUAAAUGGACGAAAACCAAUAAUUCCGUUCCGCCGCGACCGUCACCAUAUAAUUAUAGUAUUUAUAGUUAUGAUGAAAAUGAUCGAGAAUCAUCAACUUCACCGACCCCGGAAGAAAUAGUAAGGGUUGAACAAAUAAUAAAGGAAAAAAUUCGCGAGUUUGAGAAAGAAAAGUUACAAAAAUUGGAAGAAACAGAAAAGUUUCAUUGGGAAGAGAUAUAA